AGAAAAGAUGGCUUCCAAUUAUGUUGAAAUCUUUACUCGUAUUUGGGAGACUUUUUGUGCACAGUGGAAGCAUAGGGGACCAACAGAAACAUACCUGCAAGACUUCGUAGACGACUUGCACGAGAAUGGGGUUAUUAGAGUCGAGGACAUUCUAACUACUAUCGCACUGGGAGUUGCAUUUACCCUCGCAAGAUAUGUAGCGACAGCUUUCAUCUUUAAGCCACUUGCUUUAUAUUUCAAAUUUAUACCAAAAGAUGUCACAAAGUUUCCUGAGAGUGCAUGGAAGGUGUUCUACUAUUUCAGCUGUUACAUGUAUUGCUGUUACAUUCUCUACUGUGGAAAAUAUUCUUUUAUUGAAGAUCCUGACAGUGUUUGGACAGAGAUGAAAAUUGCAGGMCUUGCCUCAAAAGUAGAAAUUCCAUCAGAUAUCUACAUCUUGUACGUUAUACAAACUGGAUUCUACUUGCAUUCUAUCUAUGCAACUUUCUUUAUGGAUAAAUGGAGAAAGGACUCCAUUGUCAUGAUAUUGCAUCAUGUAUUAACAAUAUGCUUGCUUGCUUUCUCUUUCGCUAUAAGAUACCACAACAUUGGUGUUAUAGUUCUUUAUUUACAUGAUAUAGCUGAUGUCUUUUUAGAGUUUACCAAAAUUUGUGUAUGUUUUAAAUCUCGGUCUGAAGAUUGUAGAAUUGCUGAUCGUCUUGUAAAUUUUGGAUUCUUGAUGUUUGCUUUUGUAUGGGCAAAAUGCAGACUGUACCAGUACCCUUAUAGAGUCUUAUAUGUGACUGGCCACACGUCAAUGAAAAUUGUUCCUGAGGGAAAAUUCUAUCUCUUUUUUAAUUUCAUGUUGUGGGCGUUGUUUGUAAUGAAUAUUUAUUGGUUCCACUUUAUUAUCUUGUUAAUUUGGAGAGUUAUAAAAGGAGAAAGUCGAGAGGUUGAAGAUGUCAGAGAGUUAAGUAAGGAAGAGACAAAGAAUAAUUUCCACAAAAAGGAAAAUGGUAUGAAGAAUGGCAAAACAAAUGGGCAUGAAUCCUAUAUCAUAAAGUCCAAAGAUCAAGCAAUCAGGGAGGAGAAAAAUGGUAUCAUUGAUAAAGCAAAGCACUUUCCACACCAGAGAAGGAAGAAGAACUUACAGGGUAACUAGUAGACUUUGGACUUGAAACAACUUAUAUGGUGUACAGUUGAAUGCAAACAAUAUACCUAAAUUAAUAGUGGUAAUAAGACAAUACGGAACAAAGGAGUUUAGCUGUCUGCAAUAUAUUUCUUGGGUAUGUUGUUUGCACUCUAAUAGGAAUAGUAUAACAAAUUGAAACAAAAUAAUAUCAAUCAGUCAAUAGAAAUGAAAAAUCACUUAAUUACAUUACUGAAUGUCUUUUUUAAUAAUAGUACAUAUGAAAAUACACUCUGACAUUGUAUCAAACAAAAAAAUCAGAUUKUCAAGAGAUUUUUACCAGUUGCACUGGCAUAGUUUUGUUCACUAUAAGUACUGUGAAUGCUGACAUUCACCACCUCAAUUCAAAAUUCAGUAUUCAGUAGUGCAUCAGUCAGUYACUCAGUGACUGGAGCCAAGUAACAUGACAGGGAGGAAUUUUUGAAACAUUCUUUAAUACAACAUCAAUCCACAGGGAGGUGGGGUAAUGAAAGUCUUAAUGCAAGGAAAAUACCCCCCAGGGCAAGUUGUGCAAAGGGUAGUUAGGUAGUUACGUAUAUAUUCCAUAUAUUUUGYAUGACUUUCCGUUUUAAUCCUGUGGAUAGCGCUAUCUGCUCAUUGUACAACCGGCUCCUUGGUUUGACGGUAAUGAGUGCCGUAAUCUAACAUGACCAAUGCAUUAAUGAAUUGCUAGUUAACUUGCUCAAUGAGCACAACUAAUAAUUAUACUUCAUAAGGGAGUCUUUUGUUAUUGCUAUCAAGUGCAUCCAUGAUUUCAUUCAGAAGUAGGACCGCUAUUUCAAUUUUUMCUUUCAUUGAAAUGCACCAUUCCAGUCAAUUGGAGAAAUUCUGCUUGCUAAGGUAGUUGUUAUUUCAAAUUUAAACCCUUAGCUUGUCAUAAAAAUGCAGAUUAUGCUUGAACAACCUCUAACAAACAUAAGUUCAAUGUAUUUGAAUGAUUUGCGAUCUCUUUUAGCGACAAAUAGAGAGAAAAUCAAAUAACAUAUCAAUGUCAUUGUCGAUAUCGAUGAUGGAAAAAUGAUGAUGUAAAUGAUUUCCAUUAAUUUUACAGAAUUUUGGACACUUACAUCAUAUUUACAUCAAAUUUACAACCUGUAAUUUUUCCAGUGUUAGCGGUGUCAGAAUUUUUGCAAACGACUAUGCCACAACGAUACAUCAUUACAUUGCUAACUAGGUUGUUGAGCAAGGUGUGAAAAAAAAAAAAACAAUUCUUGCAAGGUGUGGAAAGUAGUACAAAACGUUUUCUUUUUUAUUGUUUGGGAUAAAAGCAAUCAAAGCUAAUCGUCGAUCUAGUAUCAUAAAUCCUUACAAAUUCAAGGCAUUAUAAAUGCAUAUGGUCAUCAUUAAUUUGUGGUAAUUUUGUCAUCAAUGUWUAAAAGCAAUAAAGAUAUACAAAGAAAAUUACUGUAUUUUUCCAAAAAGUAGUCUAACAGUGUAAACAAGUACAAAGUUUUACUUUCUAUUGUUACCAUUGGAUUGACCAGGUCCAGUUCACUGUAGAAUGAGCAGGGUUUGGUUYCAAGUAAUUAAUAGCUAUAUCAAGUAAACUUGCCAGAGCAUAACGGCGAUUACACGACCGAACGUUAUUCAGUAUUUUUUGUUCUGAAAAACACUUAAGAACCAAACAAAUCACCGUCAUUAUUGAUUCCAUCUCAUGGGUGAAUACUGCCGUCAAUCCAUACUCACUUUACUUUCUGUCGUGGAUUCGCUCUUCGCUGUGACAACCUUCUUUGAAAUAGAUAAAUAUGUUAUCACAUGUAUCAUACAAAUGGUAGUAACUUUAUUAUUGCUUGAUGUCUGGAAAUCAUUGGACUUUACCUUUUUUCCCCGCGGGGUUGAGUCGGGCAAUGAUAAAUGGUUAUUUUGUAAGCUUUAUGCAUCCAAGGGCCUGAUAUAUAAAGCGGUCUGGCAAGAUAAACUGGCUGGUUUUUCUUGUUUUCUUACUCCUAAAGGCAUGUUUACAUUACAAUUUUCAAUUUUUGCAACAAUUCUAUCGCACGUUAAAACAGUUUGCAAAUACACGAUGAUUUCAAAGUGAUAAUUGUAGCGAUUUACACUAAAAUUUCGAGUUUUUUUCGAAUUUGCUACGAUAAACAGGUCUGCGAACUGUUGCCGUGAAUUUUCGGACUGUUUCCAAACUCCAUUUUGCGAUGAAAUUGCAUUACAAAAUCGAUGCUCAUGUAACGCGAAAAAAAAAAUUCUGGGCAUAAUAGACCCAAUUUAGCCAGCCCACUUCAUAUAAUCAGGCUCUAAGUCCUUGCUUUAUUGUUACGUUUACAUGUAAAAAGACGCAGUGCAAACGUUGAGUGAAUCAUAAGUGUUAAAGUAAGUAAUAUCAAGAUGCGUGUAUMGUCAGACCAUUGCCAUCAAUCAGYUUAUUGUCAUUUUUGUUGUUGUGUGGCAAUAGUUUUUACUCCCGAAACUGCACAGACUAUGAAAUAGGUAAUAGUACAUGUAUGUCUUAGAGCGAGGGCAUUUAACCAACAAAAGAAAAUUUAACUUUGACAGGUUACAUGUUCUAAGUCUACUGUAGAUAAAUAUCAUUGAAAAGUUGUUUUCAUUUGACUGCRCAAUGGAAAUAACUAUUUAGUUGAUAUUUCUUUGUAAAGAACAAAAGAAACAAUAGAUUCAAAGUGUGAUACCAUCCAAUAGUCUCUCUAAUCAUCCACAAUCAAACCAAUAAGCGCGAAUCGUUAUCUUAUUUUGUAUAGUUUAGUAAAUAUUAUUCGAUAAUGCAUGUUUCUUUGAACGUAUACAUCUUGAUUAUAAAUCAUAUCAUUCAUUUAACGAUUCGUUAAGAUAAUUAUUUAAUGUCAAUCAGAAAAAAAUUGUUUUAUAUAGUAUAUAUUUGAUCUUGAACAUAUUUUAAAUGCAAUAAUCACAAUCUCCUCAGUUAAUGGCCCCGAUUUGUCUUUACUUAUAAUAAGUACUUUCUUAGGGGUAUCAAGGAUGAAAACAGUAGAGCAGAGUCACAUGAACCAUGAAAUAARAACUAMAAASUAMUAACUAAUARGSACUAUUAGUUCCUAAUAGUCGUUAGCACUGAACCAGAACAGUUKAUUUGAUCCAAUAAGCAAUACCCAAGAGACCACUUUAACAAUCAAAGUAAUCUCUUUGUACUGUUCUGGUUCAGUGAUAGUGUCUAAAUAGUGCCUAUUAGUAACUAAGUAUUUAGUUUCUAUUUCAUGGUUCAAGUGACUCUGCUCUACCUCUUUUAAGUGUUCAAGCUAACCCUAGAGGGUACCCACUUAAUACAGUUACUACUGUACUAUAAACCUAAAGCAAGAGGAAAUCAGAAUAUCUUAUCGAAAAUAAUCAGUAAUUUUAAUUAAUCAGAAAACAUAUUAUAAUUUGACAUCAAUAAAUCAUUUAACAAGCAUCA